UUUACCAUGUACGUCGGUCAGUUCUUCACUCGGGUCUUUUGACAUCUCCGUUAUUAUGACAUUACUGUUGGUUCGGCCGUUAGUGGGAGGCUUUUCUUAAUUCAGUUAUUCUGUCAGUUAGUUAUUUAUUGAAAUCUCUUUUGAUUUCAGGUUAUUUAUUGAGUUAGCUAGCUAGCUAACUAUAUUCUUCAAAGAAUCGGUAUGGCAAGCUCUCUUUCAAAACAUCCGGUCCCCGAAGAAUACACAGAAAAGGACAGGCUGCUGGCACCUGCAGUUGAUCGGCGUGCUGGCAACCUCAGCGAGGAGUGUCACGGCAGCCGGCCCUUGCUGGAGGUCGGUGGGUCGUCGUCGUGGGCGGGGUCAGAGGCGGAGGAGGAGGCUCUGCGGAGGAAGCUGAAGUACUUCUUCAUGAGCCCGUGUGACAAGUACCACGCCAAGGGUCGCAAGCCCUACAAACUGGUCCUGCAGCUGCUGAAGAUCGUCAUAGUAACCGUGCAGCUGGUGCUGUUUGGUCUGAGCAAUCAAAUGGUGGUGAUGUUUAAGGAGGAGAACACCGACUCCUUCAGGCACCUCUUUCUGCGUGACUACCAGGACGCAUCUGAUGGCCUGGUGGUGCACACACAGAUUGCAGUGUAUGAACACAUUCAUUACGCUAUAAAACAGUAUCUGACUCUAUCUCAGACUUCCGUGAGCAGGUACGCCUACGUGUUCGGUCAGGGAGUGAAUGGCAGUGCCCUUUCUCUGUGCCAGCGCUAUUACAGAAAGGGCAGCAUUGACCCCGUCAACGACACCUUUACUAUCGACCCCUACGUCAUCACCGACUGUAUAUGGGUGAAUCCUCCUACAGACCAUUUAUCUCCACUCCCUGAAGAUUAUAAGGAAUUGAUACUUCAGUUCCACAAGCUGAUUAAUGUGACCAUCGAGUUCAAACUGAAGGCCAUAAAUAUCCAGACCAUUAUCCACAAUGAGAUCCCAGACUGCUACACCUUCUCCGUCAGCAUUCUCUUUGAUAACCAGGCCCAUAGUGGCCAAAUCAAGAUAAGUCUGCAUAACGAGGCCGUCAUCAGAGAGUGCAGAGAUCCCAGUGUGUCUGGACACAAGGAGAACUAUCUGCGGGUGGCGUUUGAUGUGCUCGUGGCUGUAGUGUGCGCCCUCUCCUUGGCACUGUGUGGACGCUCCAUAAUCAGAGGAAUCAUCUUGCAGAAUGAGUUUGUGCGGUUCUUCAAGCAUGCUCUGAGCCGUCAGGUGUGCUGGGCUGAUCGACUUGAGUUUAUUAAUGGCUGGUAUUUGCUCCUCAUCAUCAGUGAUGUACUCACCAUCAUCGCCUCCUUCAUCAAGAUUGGCAUCGAAACCAAGACCUUGGCGUCCUAUGACGUGUGUGGGAUUUUGAUGGGCACUUCCACUCUGUUGGUGUGGGUGGGAGUUAUUCGCUACCUCAGCUUCUUCCAGAAGUACAAUAUUCUGAUCAUAACUCUGAGAGCCGCGUUCCCAAACGUGAUCCGCUUCUGCUGCUGCGUCGCAGCCAUCUACAUGGGCUACUGUUUCUGUGGCUGGAUCGUCCUGGGACCCUACCACGCUAAAUUCCGUUCUCUGUCCAGAGUGUCGGAGUGUCUGUUCUCUCUGAUAAACGGAGAUGACAUGUUCGCCACGUUCUCGGAGGUGGAGCGCAGCGGCACCCUGGUGUGGCUGUUCAGCCAGGUCUAUCUCUACACCUUCAUCUCACUCUUCAUCUACAUGGUGCUUUCGCUCUUCAUCGCCCUCAUCACCGGUGCCUACGACACCAUCACUCAACAAGCCCAGGAGCAACCCCAUGUGUCAGACCUGCACCUGUUCAUCGCUGAGUGCGUGGACACACCCACCUCUGGAAAGUUCCAGAGCCCAGAGAACACCUCUGGCUCUCUGCUGUGCUGCUUCAACUAGACCAGAGUGUGAAUGUGUGCGUGUACGUGUGUGUGCUUGUCACGCACAUACGGUGAGUGCGUGGAUGUGAAUGAGAGUUUGGGAUAGAAAACUUUUGUAUUUCCGUUGCCAAGUUCUGUACAGCUGAGCAAGCUCCACAACACAGUGGCUUUACCAUAAACACUUUCCUGUUCUUAUCCACAGCUAUUGCAUAGAGUGGGGUCAGUUCAGCUGUCAACAGUGCCCCCUACUGGUAGUUACAUAGGUUUCUCUCAUUUGUACACCUAUAAUCAACCAUAUUCCUUGAGACUAUUGAGGGACAUAAAAACAUUUUUUUACUGAAUCUUCUUACUUGACACAUUUUAAGUCUUGUUUAUUUGUUUUUAUUCUGGGUUUUUUAUUUAUGUGUUUCUAUUUUGUUGAAUAAUGGGGCAUUCUCGUAUCGACUGACUCAUUCAGAUGUAGUCAGGAAAUGCAGAAAUACAGCUCUGUAUAUUUCUUUUGAAGGACUGAGUAACAACUCAAUUCGGAGGCUUCCGUUAUCAUGCACGCGUUCUUUCAUACACACACCCAGGGAAGCUUCUCACACAUCUUUACUGAAUAUCACUCAUCUCAGUUAGCACUUCAUGUCUUGCUCUGUUGCUUCUUGUCUUUUCAUCUACUGUGUGUGUGUGUGUGUGUGUGUGUGUGUGUGUGUGAGAAGGAAUAGCGUAGCCUGCGGCUUUACUGAACCAUCAAUAUUUAUGCGAGCGCUCGUGGUGUCCAGGGAGCAGGGAGUCUGUGUUUUAACGGAGCCUCUGUCUGAGCUCUACUCAGUUGGACCACGCCAACCUUUCAUCCAUGAUGCCCCUGCAGAGAGAUGGGGGAGGCAGGAAGAGAACGAGAGACAGAGCAGGAGAGGGGCGAGCUGGGGAGAGAAACAAAGGAACAGAGAGAGAGAGAGAGAAGAUGGGAAAAGAGAGGCCAACUACAAGGCCAUUUUGCUCUCAGCAACCCCCCACUCCUGUCUCUCUCUCUCUCUCUCUCCCUCUCUCUCUCUCUCUCUCUCUCUCUCCCUCUCUCUCCCUCUCUCUCUCUCUCUCCCUCCCCCUCUCCCCCCAGAGAUUUGGAGAUUUUAUGGAGAUUUUUUUUGAGUGGUAUCACAGGCAGCAGAAUGAGUAUACACUCCAUUCAUGGGCCAGCACAGCUCCUCCAUUGCAGAUCCCAUACUCUCAGAACCCAGAUAUCAGCAGCUCAGUGCCCACACUCUCAGAGCCUGUACAGAUUUAUUGCACGUCAGUCCUGAGUUUGGCUCAUCACCUGUAAUGCACUGCAUUUAAUUGAAAAGGCUCAUAAAAGGAGAUUUAUGAACGUGCUGUUAUUUAUAAAGGAGCGGAUCUCUCUCCCUGCGCUGGAGGGCCACUCAGCUGCUUAGUUUAAUUUGUUCCCUGCUUCAACAUGCCUCAUUGAACUCAGCAGGGUCAGGCCAAAUUGGGUGUGUCAGUAUGGGGGAUGUACUCUAAUCCUGGACCGGGCUUUGAGGAGUUCUCACGGCUGUUCCUGGACCGGGCUUUGAGGAGUCCUCACGGCUUUUCCUGGACUGGGCUUUGAGGAGUCCUCACGGCUGUUCCUGGACCGGGCUUUGAGGAGCUCUGACAUAUAGGAGAGAACAAUAGCAUAAGGGUUUGUCUCCAGAGACUCAGUUGUAUGUGCUGGUUUUGUUAAAAGAACAUAAUGUAUUCUUACUUUAUAUUCUGUAAACUGCAACCAUGAGUUGUUUACAGACCCAAGAGUUUAUGUCUUCCUGCAUUAACUAUCUUAAGAGUGCGAUUCUGGAUUUGUAGGCUUCAUUUAGUUUUUCCUCCUGUCUGUUUGUCCCUUCAGUAAGCGUUUUGAAGUGUAAAUUCUGCUACAGGUAUGGCAACGUUUUCUUAAGACCGGAAGGGCAGGAUAUCCAACCAGAGGGAAAGAAGUGUCAAUAUCCACAGAUGAUGAAGGGAGAAGAGAAGACCAGUUGGCAAGACCAAAAAAAAAAAGAAAAAAAGAAAAAAAGAUGAAGUAAGGGGGAGGGGUGUGACAACUGAUACCUACCCAGAAUGCAAUCUUCAGUCAUACUGGGAUUGCAGGGAAAGACCCAAAUUAAAUAUAUCGGUGUAUAAUAAUAAUAUGAAUAAUGUAUUAUGUACCUUUUUGUUAGUUCUAAAAGGGUUUUCUUGAAGUAUUAUAACGAAGAAGUUUAUUUGUGACAGACAAGUUGAAAUUUGUUUUAAAAUGUAAUUUAUUUCGACAUUUUAAUUUAUUUUUAUUGUUCAUUUGUUAAUGUUUUAAUCUGUUCAUGUCAUUGUCUCUAAUCCUUUUCAUCUGUGCACUAAGAAGGGAAAACACAUUUUCAGGGCAUGCAUGAUUCAUGUGGACGCUGAUUGAAUUGGAUUGGCCUGGUUUUCACACUAAAUACUCGCAGUUACAUCCAUUCUGUAUGACAUAAUGUCAUGUUUUGAAUGUCAGGUUUUUUUAAAAGUUUAAAAUCGUAAAUAAAACGUCACCCUAGCUGUUGAUGGCGGAACCUUUUCGGUGUGUUUUAAAAUGAGCUGCAGAUUUUGUUGAGUCAUUGUUGUUUUCUUCUUCCAAACCUUUCACAUUAGCAGCAGGCUGGAGUUUGGCAUUGAAUCCCUUCCUUUUGUGGUUCUGGCUCUGUAACGAUGAGCCCAGUGCCAGUUGAGGAGAGCUGAUUUCAGCACAGUGCAGCAGUAUAGCCUGUCAUUUACAUGGCGCUCUGAGUGCCCCUGUGCUUUGUAUCUGUGCUUGCUCAUUGUUGUCUGGCUUAAAAACCACCAAUUGGAGGUGUCCUUAUUUGGACAAUAUAAAUGCUGCUCAAUGGCAAACAUGAUCCACCUGGGGGAGCUGUGAGCACCAGCUGAAACUUAACUGCUAAAGAAGAUAUUCAUUAAAUCUAUGUUUAUACCCACAAGCUGACAGAAAAAUAUGCAGGUGUAUGUUUUAAGACAACCGUUUGUUUUCCUUUUGUGAUAAUGUGAAUUGUAAAUGACCAUUGGCUGGCACUGGUAUAUUAAUUACUUCAGCAUAGGGUAUACCAUUAAAGUGGCAUGUAUAACUGC